AGAGAGAGAGAGAGAGAGAGAGAGAGUGUGUGUCUGUCUGUGUGGAACCAGAGCAGUCACACGACAGAGGGAGAACAAGAGACUCAAACCAUUGCCACGGUUCGCGACAUUCGUCUCCUCUCUGUAGUCUGUGUUCCCGUGAUUCUCUCUGCGCAAAAAGCUCCCAUUCGAUUGGAUAUCACAGAACAUUCUCAAACAAUCUAGAACCACCGACCCCCUCACUUCCUCGCUUCACUUUCCACUGUAAAUUCUUUUAGCUUAUACAGAAACCAAAGCCGCAGCAAUGGAGCAGUACGGUCGAAACCCAUCCAUGGAAGGCAACCAGCCGGAUCCAACAGUCGAAUGGAGCUCUCCAGGAGCGGAGGCCGGGCUGGAAGAGUCUAUGUGGCAAUUGGGAUUCGGCAGCAGCAGGGAGUUGUACCCAGAGCGUCCCGGCGAGCCUGACUGUGUCUACUAUAUGCGUACCGGAUCUUGCGGUUAUGGUGCCAGGUGUCGUUUCAAUCAUCCUCGCGAUCGUAUUACGGUUGUGGGAUCUGUAAGACCCUCAGGAGGGGAGUAUCCUGAAAGAGUGGGCCAACCUGCAUGCCAGUAUUAUUUGAAGACUGGGACUUGCAAAUUUGGUGCUUCCUGUAAGUACCACCAUCCAAGACAUGGCAGUGGAUCAGUGAGCCCUGUAUCACUAAAUUAUUAUGGAUUCCCACUGCGACCGGGUGAGAAAGAGUGUUCCUAUUACAUGAAGACGGGGCAGUGCAAGUUUGGUGUAACCUGUAAAUUCGAUCAUCCACAACCGGCAGGUGUAUCAGUGCCUGCGUCUGCAUCUCCAUUUUAUCCGACGGUGCAGUCUCCUUCAGUUCCUACUCAGCAGCAGUUCGGGGUAGUCAACUGGCAAGUUGCGAGGCCUCCACUAUUACCUGGUUCAUAUGUGCAAGGAGCUUAUGGUCCUGUGCUGCUUCCUCCAGGGAUGGUACCUGUUCCAACCUGGGGUCCUUAUCCUGGACCUGUUAGUCCAGUAGCAUCUCCUACCGCUCAACCCACUGUUGGAGCAGGUUCAAUUUAUGGGGUGUCGCAGCUAUCUCCCUCAGCACCUGUGUAUCCAGGACCUUACCAGAUGCUACCUUCCUCUGCUGGACCUUCUAGCAGCACUCAUAAGGAACACUCAUAUCCUGAAAGGCCCGGUCAACCUGAAUGCCAGUACUACAUGAGAACGGGAGAAUGUAAAUUUGGUUCCACGUGUAGAUAUCAUCAUCCGCGGGAAUGGAUUUCACCAAGAACAAAUUGUGUCCUCAGUCCUAUGGGUCUCCCUCUACGUCCGGAGGCUCCACCUUGCACUUUUUAUGCGCAACAUGGGGUAUGCAAGUUUGGACCUACAUGCAAAUUUGAUCAUUCGAUGGGAACACUGAGCUACAGUCCAUCUGCAUCUUCUCUUGCUGAUAUGCCAGUCGCUCCGUACCCUGUUGGUUCUUCACUGGCAACUCUGGCCCCAUCGUCUUCAUCUUCGGAGUUGCGGCCUGAAUUUGUUUCAGGGUCGAAUAGGGGUUCUAUCUCAACCAGAAUUCCUUCUUCUGAGAACACAUCCAGUGGUUUAGUUGGUUCAAUUUUCUCAAAGGGUGGGUCUGUUCCUCAUUCAAGUGUCCAACAGUCUGGUCCGAAUUCUGGCCUUUGUAGUGGUAGUAGUAGCACAGGUCAAAGUGGUGAGGCUCAUAGUUCAAGCUGAUUAGAACUGAAAAGCUAAUCCUCAUUUUUUCUCCUCUGGGUCAAUUUUUAAUGAAAUUGGAUAUGUUCACUUUUCUUGCACCCAGUAACUUAUAUCCAGAUAAGGGCUUCCUUCCUAGUUGUCAAGGUUCUGUCAACCAAUCCAUCUCCGGCUCAACUUCGUCUGGUCAUCCUUUCUGUUCAUAUUGUCCUUGUAUCACGAACUGUUUCACCUCAAAUAAGCUAUAGCCAUACUCAAAAGGUUUAGCAAUCCCAUAUAGUCUUUGCCUUUCAUUUCCAAUAACCACGAUGGGAGGCCCUUCAGGUAAACCCGUAUUCCUCCAGCAUUGGAGCUGUUGUGCUUAUUUAUGCUCUGAUCAUUUCAAAACGAAAAGAUCAGUCAGUUCCACUUUGUUUUCGUCAGUCAACAGUAUGGUCAUGUUUUCAAUUUCUUAUUACUUCAAUUUGGGAACAAGCCUCCAAUUUUGUUUUCCUACUUAGGAUGGGAUUGGAAGGUGUCCUUGCUCCUCCCCCUUUUUUUGUCCAGGGGCUUCCUGUGAAAAAUUAAGUUUAGAUACUCUUAAAGUGGUAUCUCAGUUAGUUCUCUGUAUGAGUUGAAGGGAUUUGGAUGCUUGAUGUUGUGAGACUGGAAUGGCCUGAGCAGGGCUUAUAUCUAUUUUAUUAAUUACAGAAAGAAAAAGGCAUCCUCCUUGACUUCUUUGUUA